GUAAUCGCCAGCCGCAGCAGCAGCAGCAACAGCAGCGAGCGCACGAUAAGCAGCUGUUGAAUGAUGUUAGACAUUAAGAAAACCAGAGGAUUCCAUAAGAUUCCAGCGUCCAAACUGCAGCGGGAGGCAAACACUGCGGCAUCAGCAGCAGCUGCAACGAUAACUGACGAACACCAGCAGCAGCAUCACCACCACUACCACCACCACCACUACCAGCAGCAACAGCAGAAGUCACAACAAAGAGGCAACAGUCAUAGCCAUAGUCAUAGCCAGCAACAGCUGGCCCAGGCCCAUCACAGUCAGAGUCAGAGUCAGCACCAGGGUUCGUCACGGCACGCCAAGUCAUUGAAAACUAGUGCUAACAGUGGGCUUGGAGUCGGCGUCACUGUCCAGAAGCCGGUGACUUCACUCAAAUACGCCGCCAGCAACGGGCCAAGCGGCAGCAGUGGACGGGCGGCGGCGGGUGGCAGCGUGAAUCCGGUGCGGGCGGCGAAUCAGCGCUAUUUUUUGGUAUCCAGCUACAAAGAUCCCAGCUUCUUGAAGGCCGAGUGCGAUUUGGCGCAUGCCCAGGUAACGCUCAAGCAGGCGCCAGUUGGUGGCAAGACGCACAAGCGCAACAAGGCACUCGACGAUCACAAGAAUAAUAAUAAAUCAGCAGCAGCCGUGAUAGCUAACGGCACUGGCAACGAGACGUCAGUUAGUGAAAUGCGUCGAACGACGACGCUUAAUGGCAAUAAAGCGGGCGGGACCAGCAGCAACAGCAACAGUACCAGCACCAACAACGCCAAUAGUGGCGUCAACUCGUCAAACAGAACAACAGCAACAGCAACAACAACGACGACGACGACGACAGCAACAACAGGAGCUGGCAACUCAGCCGUCCACAGGAUUGAUAUCAAGUAUAGCCAUAGCCAGAGCCAUAGCCACAGCCAUAGCCAUAGCCAUAGCAGUAAACAGCAGCUGACAUUGGGCCAAAAGACAACUGUUGCAGCAGGAACAGCGGCAACAUCCUCAGCAGCAGCAGCAGCUGGAAUUGGAGCUGGGCGACUUGUGGCUGGUAAACUGAAGCCUUUAUUGCUGCACUGCAACAACAAUCAUAGUGCGAUGAACAGUCAUAGCAGCUACAAUAAUAAUAACAACAACAACAGCAGUGCCAGCAACAAUAGCAACAGCAACAACAAUAUGCAACGCCAGCAGCAGCAGCAGCAACAACAUGACGACAUUAGCUACAUUGAUAGCGACGAUAUACCGACCAGCAUAACAACAACAGCGGCGACUGCAGCGGCAGCGGCAGCAACAACUACAGGUUCAUCAGCAGCAAUAAUAACAACAACAACCGCAUCGGGCGCCAUAUCAUCUAGCCAAAAGAUGACAAACAUUUGCUACUUCAAGCCCAUAACGCCGCCACUGCAGCUGCGCAACCAGCAGCUGGGCGGAGAUAAGUCCAAUGGUGGUCAGCGCUCGAUCCGGCCAAAGUCGACGAUAGUCACGUUCACCAAUUCGAACUUUGCGGCCAGCUACGAGAAGUUUAACAACUACAAGCACACAAAUGGCGAACAGCGGCCCAAGGAACGGGAGCGGGAUCGGGACCGCGAACGGGACCGGGACCGUCUGGAGCGAGACAAUAGCGCCGGCAGCAGCAGCAAUGCGCGACGGUAUGGCAUCGAUUCGGUCAGCAUUAAGGCGUCCAUUGAGAAGUUUAACAAUCUGAGCGAACAGAAGCGACAACCGGGACCGUUGCGGAAUAAUGCCAAUAAUGGCUCGACAGCAGCAGCGGCGACAGCGGCAGCAGCUGCAACAGCAUCGGCAACAGCAGCAGCAGCCACGGCGGAAGGCACCUCAAACAGUGCUGGCGGCAGCAGCAGCAAUCUGCAGCAGCGCUUCAGCGGGGACAUGGAACAUACACGCAUUGCGGCUGGGUAUAGCAGCUCCUUGACGCGAGCCGCCUAUCGCACCGGCAGCAGCAACAGCAACAGCAAUGCAGCAACGGCAACGGCGACUGCAACAACAGCGACAGCAGUGGCAACAGCAGCAUCGUCAUCAGCUGUGGCGCCCAUGAGCAAGUCGGCCAGUCGGAUUGCCCACGGCCUGUUGGCGAAGGCGGCCAACUCGGAAAAUGCUGGCACAGCGAUGGCAACAACCGCAGCAGCAGCUGCGGCAAUGACACCAACAACAACGGCCAAUGUAUUGGCCAACAACAGCAACAAGGGAUCGCGCAAUGCCACAAGCAGCACUCGCUCAGUGCUGCCGCCAGUGUCGCCGACGCCGAGCCGUUACUGGCGGGAUCAGGACAGCGGACGGAACAGUACCAACGCCACAACCUCUUCCAUUGGCUCAUCGUCGCUAAGCACGAAGCAUAAUAGCCUGGACGAGGGCUACAAAAGCAGCCGUGAUGAGAAGCUCGAGGGUCUAUGCGGUCUGAGAAAUAUUGGAAACACUUGCUUCAUGAACUCGGUCAUCCAAUGCCUGAGUCACACGACUGAGCUGACGCGCUUCUUGCGCGCCCAUCAUACCAACACGCGCACGGCAACCUCCAAGGAUCAGCAAAUACUAUACGAAUUUGCCAAACUCAUACAGGAAAUGUGGACGGCAAAUGUGCACAGUGUAACGCCGAUGGAACUGAAGCGUGCCUUUUCGACAAAGCAUCGCAUGUAUAGCGAUUACAAUCAGCAGGAUGCGCAGGAGUUUCUGCGCUUCUUUCUUGACUCGCUGCACUCGGCACUGAACACCGGUGUCAAGGGUGAAACGCUUAACAUUGACGAUAAUCUCAGUGACAAUAAGAAGGCCGAUCUGACUUGGGAGUGGUAUGCCAGGCAUGAGAAUUCCCUGAUACGAGAUUUGUUUGUUGGUCAAUUGAAGAGCACACUGAAGUGCACAACAUGUGGCAAUACUAGCGUUACCUUUGACCCAUUCUGGGAUCUGAGUGUGCCACUACCAUCGUCAUCGCGCUGCAAAUUAGAAGCCUGCUUAGAUUUGUUCAUUAGAGAAGAGGUGCUAGAUGGCGACGAGAUGCCCACAUGCUCCAAAUGCAAGACACGCCGAAAAUGUACCAAAAGCUUUACCAUACAGCGUUUCCCCAAAUACCUGGUGAUACAUCUAAAACGUUUCUCAGAAACACGCUGGAGCAAGCUCUCGAAUAUUGUUGAGUUCCCUACGGCGGAUCGGGAGCUCAAUAUGGCCUCAUAUGGGGCAAACGCAAAUUCGAAUGUGCAUUAUUCGCUCUAUGCGAUCUCCAAUCAUAUGGGCUCAACGGCUGGCGGUCACUACGUGGCCAUCUGUAAGCAUCCAGUCUCACGCAAGUGGCAUGAGUUCAAUGAUAAUAGCGUUAGCGAUGCUAUCCCCGAGAACUGUCUCGUUUCAUCCAGUGCCUAUAUCUUAUUCUACGAACGAGCGUAAAGCUAACUCUAACUAACUACUCUACAACAUCCUGGCAGUUGAAUGCAAAACGUAUGUUGCGACAGCAACAAUACCAACAGCAUCAACACCACAAAGAAAAUAGG